GGGCCUAUUGAGUAACGUGAUGACGUUGCAUGUGCGUGAGUGGUGGCGCCUGGCGCGAUGCUGGAAGAGAGUCCUCACAUCGUGCUGCUGGAGGCGUUUUACGGCGGCUCUCACAAACAGCUGAUUGACCUGUUGAAGAGCCAUGUCCCAGGCUGCACCGCCUUCACGCUGCCUGCCAAAAAAUGGCACUGGAAGGCGAGGACGGGGGCGCUGUACUUCAUGCAGACUGUCCCUGUCUGUCCAUCAUACAGGGUUCUGUUUACCAGCUCUGUGCUCAACCUGUGCGAGCUGGUGGCUCUGCGGCCAGACCUGGCCCUGCUCAAGAAGGUCCUCUACUUCCACGAGAACCAGCUGAUUUAUCCUGUACAGAAAGACCAGGAACGGGACUUCCAGUACGGCUAUAACCAGGUCCUCUCAUGCCUGGUGGCAGAUGUGGUUUUGUUCAACUCCCGUUUCAACAUGGACUCCUUCCUGUCCUCCAUCAAGACCUUUAUGAAGAAGAUUCCCGACCACCGGCCCAAAGACCUGGACCAGCUGAUCCGCCCAAAGUGCCAGGUCCUGCACUACCCCAUCCAGUUCCCCGAGGUCACCAGGCUUCUCCCCAAACACAAGCUCCUCCGCCGGGCUGCAGGACUGUCUCCUGGUGAGGACAUCAGUGCAUCGGGCACUCAGCACCAACUCUGCAUCACACGGUCUGAGGAUCUUCAUUCAGGUGGAGAUGAGGAUGUGGUUCCAGGUCAGACCUUCCUUGAAGCUGACCCGAGAAGCAGCGAGGAGCCUACAACGGGACCACGCGUUAAAGCUCUGCACAUCGUCUGGCCACACAGGUGGGAGCACGACAAAAACCCAGAACUCUUCUUCUCCACGUUGCUGACGCUGAAAGACCGAGGACUCGACUUUGAUCUGUCUGUGCUCGGACAGACCUACAGCGACACGCCAGACAUCUUUGCAGAGGCGCGGCGGCGGCUGGGCGGCCGCGUCCUUCACUGGGGCUUCCUGCCCACGAAGGACGAGUACUUCAGAGUCUUGUGUCAAGCUGACGUGGUCGUGUCCACCACCAGACACGAGUUCUUCGGAGUUGCCGUGUUAGAAGCUGUCCACUGCGGCUGCUUCCCGCUCUGUCCAAAGUCUCUGGUGUAUCCAGAACUGUUUCCCGACGAGUAUCUGUACGCAACACCUGAGCAACUACUCAAAAAGCUGCAGGGACUCUGCAGGAGGCCUCACCUGGCCCGCACGCACACCGUCCAGGUCAACACUGCUGCCUUCUCCUGGGCCGCGCUGAAGGACCGCUUCCAGAGCCUGCUGGCACACAGCGUCCCUGAGCACGCCACGGCAGCCGCCUCUACAGCGGGCACGCUGACUUCACUCCAUUAGCGGCGGAGCAGGAUGGAUUUAGAGGUUGAUGGAAAGUCUGCCAGGGGAGUUUUCUGGGGCGGUGGUCAUGCCUGACACCACGCCACGACCCGCAGAAACGCUGC